UGCAUGGAUUUGCAUGUAACUUGUGCGGAUUUGCAUGUAACUUGUGCGGAUUUGCAUAUAACUUGCACGGAUCUGCAAGUAACUUGCGCGGAUCUGCAUAUAACUUGCGCGGAUCUGCAUAUAACUUGCGCGGAUCUGCAUGUAACUUGUGCGGAUUUGCAUAUAACUUGC